GAUUCAUGGCCACGUUCCUUGGACGACUCUGGAGCGAAGAAAGACUGGGGAUGGCAUGUCGAGUACGGACUGGACGAGACUGUUGAAGUGAUGUUUGCUCUGCUUCAACGAGAGGCCCAAGCAAAUGCCAACGUGAAUUCUGGAAAAACGCUGAACACAAACAAAGGAGCAAGCUGA